UCGGCCGCACUCCGCGACUGCGACGGUGCGACUCGACUGCUCCAUCUACCCUCCUCUCCUCCUCCCCGACGAGAGCUUUCCCCACCACCUCCAUGGCGUCGCAGAGCACCAAGCUUCCCGCGCAGGCCCCAGCCGCCGGCGCCGCGGCGACCCCGCCGGAAGCCACUGGGGAGGCGCCGGCUCCGAACCCCGCGUCCGCCGCCACACCAGCCCCAAACCCUACCGCCGCCGCGGGGGUGGCCGCCGGCGGAGCCACGGAUCUGGAGAAGAAGAUGCGCCGCGCGGAGCGGUUCGGGACGUCCGUGGUGAUGUCCGAGGAGGAGAAGCGCAGCAGCCGCGCCGAGAGGUUUGGGACUGCAUCUUCAAAUGAAAAGGCGGAGGAACAAAAGAGGAAAUCCAGGGCUGAGAGGUUUGGUCUUGCCUCAUCUUCUGCUGAUGAAGAUGCUAAGAAAAAAGCUCGGUUAGAACGAUUUGGUCAGAGUACAAAUGUUGACAAGGCGGAAGAAGAGAAAAGAAAGGCACGAGCUCUUAGGUUUGCAGAAACACCAAGUGGACCAUCCCAAGAAAAUGGCAAAGACAGCUCCAAGCCGACGCAGGAUGCAGCCACUGUGGCAGGCACGGCAUAAUGGAAGCACUUCCUACCUUUUAUAAGAUCCCGGACAUGGCCCUUGCUUUUGGGGUGGAGCCGUAGUUUGUACAACACUAACAUCAGUUGCAUCAUGUUUUCUCCUAGCCAUGUUGAGUGCUAUUUACUGUUUUGACUUGCUUACUGUACUUACCUAGCAGUGUAGCUUUGAGCUGCUUGGUUUGGGAUAAUUCUGUACCUUUAUUCCCCCUCCCCUGUUUAAUGACCAUGACUCCUUAUCUAUGUAACUUAUGUUGUUGUAUUUAGCUUCUAAGACGACGCGCGUGCAUUCUAGUUUCAGAUUCAACA